AUGGUCGGCUUCCGACCACACCUAUCCACUCAAGACGUCAUGCUCCAGCUCUACCACGAGAUUAUAAACGACCCAACUAGCGGCAACCGGGCCAUUCUCGGCCUAGAUCUGGAAAAAGCAUUCCACAAUGUAGCAGAUGCAGCAAUUCUGAGCCGAAUUAACAAGCUCAACAUGGGCGAGAGAAUCUACAACUACAUCAGAGACUUCUUGUCUCGCCGCACAGUCACUCUCGCGGUCGGUAGCAUAUUCGACGAACAUGCACUAGCAAGCGCCGGCACACCUCAAGGGUCAGUCAUAUCGACACUCCCUUUCAACCUCGUGAUGCUGGGUCUCCCGGCGUACCUCGACGAGAUUGACAGCCUCCAUCAAGCCUUAUAUGCAGACGACAUCACCCUGUCUGUGGGUCGACAAGGGCAGUCACGGUCAGAUAAAAGACACCUUACAAGCAGCGGUCUCUGCAGUAGAAGCCUACCUCAAAGUCACGGGUCUCCGACUAUCGUCACUCAAAUCGGAGCUGCUCUUCUACGACCCGCGCCGCUGCCCCAAGCCUACCGGGGAAUCCCGCCAAUGUGA